AUGGAGUUUAAAUCUCAAGAACUUUGGGAUAGAAUAGAAACAGGGUUGGUCGAUGAUAGAUCUGAACCACCCACGCAGCAAGUAAGGGAAAAUCGAAAGAAGGAUGCCAAGGUGUUAUUCCUUAUUCAACAAGCUCUUGAUAAUAGUAUUUUCUCCAGAAUUACAGCGGCCGAUACGUCAAAGCAAGCAUGGGAUAUCCUCAAGCAGGAGUAUUUGGGAGAUGAGAAGAUUAUUAAGGUAAAAUUGCAAACCCUGCGCCGUGAUUUUGAGUUGUUAUCAAUGAGAGAAAAAGAAUCUGUGGAGGAUUAUCUCUCAAGGGUUUCUGCGCUUGUUAAUCUUAUGAAGUCGUAUAGUGACGAAAUAAAUAAUAUUACUGUGGUCAGCAAAGUUUUGAGAAGUUUAACUUCAAAAUUUUAUUAUAUUGCUGUGGUUAUUGAAGAGACGAAAGGCCUAUCAACUUACAGUUUCGAUGAACUGACGGGUACCUUAUUGAGUCAUGAGGAUCGAUUGAAUAGAUCUACUGAGAAAACCGAAGAAAAGGCUUUCCAAGUGAAGGGGGAGCUUCAAUCUAAGGGAAAGGUAGAUUCUACUUCUUGGAAGUGGCCGGAUAACACAACAAGUAGAGGCCAAGGAAGAGGUGGUUAUCGUGGUCGAGGCAGAUGA